AUGCAAGGAGGAUUAUAUAAUGAUAUUCUUCGUUCGAAGAAUAUAACUUCAAUUAUUCCUACAGAUAAUAUUUGUGACAAAAUCGAAGAUUUAAUAAAAAAUGAAAUAAUUCCAUCACAAAUAAAUUCAACAACAGUAGAAGAUAUUCAAAAGGAUAUACAAAAAUAUGAUUGUGAUGCGAUUAUUCUUGGAUGUACAGAAUUACCUAUUGUAUAUAAUGAAGAUAAUCUUGGAAAACCCGUUGUUGAUACAACUCGUUUACUUGCUCACUAUGCUUUACAACUCGCAACUGAAGAAAAUUCUUCAUCGAAAUAA